UGAGUCUUGAAAGCAUUACUUUACUAAACCUAGCUCUAUCUCUCUUCAUAGUGUCGACAUGGCUUGCGAAAACAACCUCGUUGUGAAGCAAAUCAUGGACUUAUAUAGCCAAAUCUCAAACCUCGAGAGUCUAAAACCAUCCAAGAAUGUCGACACUUUGUUCGGACAACUUGUCUCCACGUGCUUGCCAACGGACACAGACAUCGAUGUCACAAAAUUACACGAUGAAAAAGUCAAAGACAUGAGAUCUCAUCUCAUCAAGCUUUGUGGUGAAGCCGAAGGAUACCUGGAGCAACACUUCUCCACAAUCAUAGGCUCGUUUGAAGACAACCCACUUAACCAUUUACACAUCUUUCCUUAUUACAACAACUACCUCAAACUAAGCAAACUCGAAUUCGAUCUCCUAGCUCAACACACAAGCCAUGUCCCUACAAAAAUCGCUUUUAUCGGCUCCGGUCCGAUGCCACUUACAUCCAUCGUCUUGGCCAAGUUUCACCUUCCCAACACAACGAUCCACAACUUCGACAUCGACUCACAGGCUAACACACUCGCUUCAAGCCUCGUUUCUCGCGAUCCAGACCUCUCGGAACGCAUGAUCUUCCACACGACUGAUGUGUUAAACGCCAAGGAAGGGUUAGACCAGUACGACGUCGUUUUCUUGGCGGCUCUUGUUGGGAUGGAUAAAGAGUCAAAAGUCAAAGCUAUUGAGCAUUUGGAGAAGCAUAUGGCUCCUGGAGCUGUGCUGAUGCUAAGGAGUGCUCAUGGUCUUAGAGCUUUCUUGUAUCCAAUCGUUGACUCUUGUGAUCUUAAAGGGUUUGAAGUGUUGACCAUUUAUCAUCCGUCAGAUGAUGUGGUUAACUCGGUGGUGGUCGCACGUAAGCUUGGUGGUUCGAGUGAAGCUGGUAGCAGCCAGAUCGAAAGGUGUGUGAUUAUGCCUUGUAAUUGCUCCAAGAUCCACGCCAUAAUGAACAGUCGAGGCAUGAAGAAGAAUAUGAUCGAGGAGUUUAGUGCCAUUGAAUAAAUACAUAACACAACUCUUUCUAUAGAGGUAUGCAUUAUAUUUUUGCUCUUUUAAAUUUUGUGUUUAUCUGUUUAUGAUGUGGGUGACAUGUUUGUUAAACAUAAUAAUUUUUGUGAGUUCUUUGGUCGUCGUAUCAGUGUGAAGUCACAGAACCCUUGUUGUUUUUACUUUUAAUUAUUUCGAUCAAUAAAACAUGAACUUGAAAAUCCCCA